AUGGUAAGAUAAUAGAAAAUACAGGUUUGCCCACGACAUCCGUACCUCGAUGUCCUUCCAAUUACCCAGAAGAACAAGCGGCUUUGUGCUACCAAUCUGAUGUGUAAAGGCAAGUGACUGGGCAUUCGUGAGACCCGUUGGUCCAGUCUGUUGGGGUUGUCCAUCGAGCCACCCAUCCGAAGAAGCGUCUCUCUGUUAUCGUUAUUGUCCAAGAGAUAAACCUCAUAAAUCUACCUUCAACUGCAUCGGAGAUUGUCCAAGUGGUUAUCGAAACGACGGUUUGACCUGCUUUCGUGACGCUCACAUUUUUAACUCAGACAACAGUGCAUGUUCUUGGUAUGAUAAAUGUGGACUUACGUUCAGUAGAGGUUGUUCAAAAUGUCCCGCUGGUUACCAUAACGACGGAUGCGCUUGCAGAAAAGACCCUCAUGCUAUUUCCCGUCCAAAGUACAUUCGUGGCGUUGGUGUUGUUCUCAGAAGUUACGGGCGUGGUGUCGGCAAACUGAAAAUGUCUUCUCCGAAGUACGAAACCGCUUAUGACACACCGGCGUGUAGUAUUGGUAAUUGGCAAGCGAUAAGUUUUGUGAACAGGAGUAAUGCAGUGUUGAAAUUUGUCAACGCCAACCAACGCUUAAUUGUCUUUGGUUUCGGAAGAAUUGAUCUUGCCGAUAACUUGAUAAAAUAUGUCGAUAUCCAGCAUUCUUCUACAACUGUGAAUGGCCGCAACGUUCAACCUCCACAACGGAUUCAAAGAUUGUUACAACUACAUUGCCAACUGGUUUGA